UUCCGUCGUACUAUAGGUGGCAAUUUGCUAUUUGUCUGAUCAAGAUUAGUCUUAUAAAGGUUCCACAUGACUUUUGGAAUUAACGAUUGUAGGUCCAGUCCAAGCGCCUCUUCAAUUAGGGUAAUGUGACAGCGUUUGGACAUUUAUGGAUAACUUUGUCUUAAACAAAAAGUAUGUGCCCGAAACUCUUUGGGUUAAAAUAGAGUUUUUCAUUCCUAGUAUAAUAGUAGCCUCCAUCAAACAAAAGGAAAAGCAACGGUGGAGUUAAAGGACAUGGAAGAGAGACAGAGGCAUUUUGUGUUGAUCCAUGGAGCCUGUCAUGGAGCGUGGUGUUGGUACAAGGUAGCAACUUUGCUAAAAUGUGCUGGCCAUAAAGUUACAGCUUUGGAACUAGCUGCUUCUGGAGUACACCCCAAGCAGGUGAAUGAUCUGUAUUCAUUCUCGGACUAUUAUGAGCCUUUAAUGGAAUUUAUGAUGUCCCUGCCACCGGAGGAGAGGGUCAUUCUAGUGGGCCACAGCUUGGGUGGGCUCAGCUUAUCUGUUGCAAUGGAAAGGUUUCCUGAAAAAGUUUCUGCUGGAGUAUUUGCUACAGCUUUUAUGCCAGGUCCUGAACUCAGUUACUUCACUUUAAAGGAAGAGUUUGAUAGACAAUUCAAUUCCUACAUGGACAUGCAAUAUAUGUUUGAUAAUGGACCAGACAACCCUCCAACCUCCGUGUUGUUUGGACCUAACGUCUUGGCAGACAAGUUGUAUCAGCUCUCCCCAACUGAGGAUCUAACUCUGGCCACACUGUUGAUAAGACAUUUGCCUCUCUAUGAUACUGCAGCUGUACAAGAUGCAAUUACGGUCACCGAAGAGAAAUACGGAUCUGUUCCUCGAAUUUAUAUUGUCUGUGACCAAGAUUUGAUAAUCAAAGAGGAUAUGCAGAGGUGGAUGGUCAAGAACAAUCCAACUGACGAGGUAAAGAUCAUUGCUGGCUCUGAUCACAUGGCCAUGUUUUCCAAGCCACAAGAGCUGUGCGCUUGCCUGGAGGAGAUUGCCAAGAAAUACUUAUGAAUCCGCACUUUCUUCGUUUGGUAACUUAUUGGCCUGUUGAUCUGAGAAAAAGACAAGGAAAAUAAGAGAAGAUGACAUGGAAAAUGAUGUAAUAAAAUUAUGAAACAUUGUUUCGCAAUAUUCAACAAUUUGCUUGCUUCAAUUUCAUACCCUAAA